CCAAAUCCUCCAGCCCACUCUCAGAUCUUGGGACCCGAUCCCUAAAUCGGACCAUGGAUCGACUAUGCGGCAUCAUGGCCUGAGAUCCUGUCGAUCCCGGAUGUGGCGGGCAGCGGCGGAUGACUGGAAGCUCGCCGGCCGGACAGGACAAGCGGAGGCUGAGCAGCGGCGUCUGACUUACUAGCCGUCAGCUGCAGAACCGCUGUUGAUAGCCACUUCCAUCGUUGCCGCUCCCUGCUUCAGUAGACUGAAUGGCUUGCACACAGAUGAACUGCUCCAAGAACGGGACAACCUCCGCUGCUGACCUGACAGAUGACCUUAUCAUCGAGAUUCUGUCCCUGCUGCCCGUCAAGUCAGUGUGCCGAUUCAAGUGUGUCUCCCGGCUCUGGUACCUCCUCAUCUCCCAACACCGCAAAAGGCUGCCCCAGACCAUCUCCGGCUUCUUCUACCCCAAGCACAUAUACAACAAUGAGGAUGGUUUGAUAGGAUUUCCCACUUUUAAUGGUAUUUCGAGGGACCAAGAGCAGCUAUUCCCUGAUUCCUCGUUGCCCUUCUUGACGGGAUACAGGCAGAUUUUGCCAAAGGACUGCUGCAAUGGCCUUAUUUUCUGCUUCUGCUGGAAAGACUCCCCAAUACACGAAGCUGAUUAUGUGGUAUGUAAUCCUGCCACUGAGGAAUGGGUAGUCCUGCCUGAUGCUGGCCAUAAAAGCGAUGCAUUGGCGUACCGUUUGGGUUUCGAUGGAGCCGUGUCACCCCACUUCCAUGUGUUCCAGAUCCUAGAGGGUGAUGAGGACUAUGGAUAUAUCUCAGGUGUUAAUAUCUACUCAUCAGAGACAGGAGCCUGGAGUUACAAGGAAAAUGGUUGGGGCAACAAUGAGAUUCAGAUAGUUGAGAUGAGAGGUGUCUUUUUCAAUGGAAUGAUGCACUUGCUCACAUGUGAGUUUAAGAUACUAGCAGUUGACACGGAGGGUAAGACGUGGAGGACCAUUUCUUUGCUGGAAACUAUGUGUGUUGAAAACAUAAAUUUAGGCCCUCUUGCUUUUAUUGGUCAAUCUCAAGGGCGAUUGUAUUUUAUAAAUAUGAGAGACAAUGAUAGCUCCAAAUUAUCAGUCUGGAUUCUCGAGGACUAUAACAGUAAUGAAUGGAUCUUUAAGUACAACAUCAGCACUUCACAACUUUUUGGGGAGCUUUCUGGGGAGAAGGAUCACAUGUUACAACGGGACUAUGCUGAUCUCAUGUUCCAAAGGGACUAUGCUUUGAUCGCAAUCCAUCCUGAAUGCAAUUUGAUAUUCUUUGUUUGGAGGUGCAAGGAUGUGCUACUGUCAUAUGACAUGCACCGUGACCAAGAGUGGAAGCAUGACUCCAGGGUGGAGGCUGACAGUUGUUACCGACAAUUAUAUGGAGUCUUUUACAAGUGUUGGACCUCCGGUUAUCAGAACCAAACCAUAGGAUUACAGCUUUGAAAGGUGCUGCACACGCACACCUAUUGUGUUGCGACCCAUGAUGUUGUGUUGCCGAAGGACAUGAGGACGAUGCGCGCAGGUAUAGAGUCCAUUUGUACGCAAUGUACUCCCAACGUCUUACAUUUUGAGACGGAGGAAGUAUCAUGGAACAGCUGACGAGCUCGAGCACUUGGCACGGACAAUGCAUGCUGCUGCUUGUAACCGUCGUUUCUGCGACCGUGUUAUUACUGACCGCUGCUGCAAUAAUCGGAAGCGGUGUUACUGGAAAAAAAAGCGGGGGCAUGUGAGCUCGGGAUCAAGAGAGCACUUGCGCGCUAUACGAGACUAUGUAAUCUUCUUUUCUGUACAACUUAAAAGUAAAGCGUGUGUGUGCUGACCGGCAA